UGCGUGAGGCGGGCCUGGGCACACGGAGUCUCGGCCUUUGUGAAGUAGUAGGGCCGCGGGCCUGGGAGAGCGCGGGGCUGGGGUCCCGCCCCGCUGUGAGGUGGGACGGUGAGGAGCUGCGGCUGGGGGGCGGGCCCUGGCCCAGGUGGUGCCGACGCCGGUCGCUUUCCGCUCGGGUUAACAGCGGGAGAGUAAAGAAACCCCUCGCUCUGUGGGCCCGAAGCCUUAGCAUCGCUUUCAGGCGGGAAAGGUAUGAAUGUGGUAGUGCUCUCAUAGGACCCUGCGGGAAAUCUGAGAAGUCGCCCAAGUCUCUUUUUCUCCACUAAAUGCUCAUGGACUGAGUAUCACGUAGAUAACCGGAAUGUGGUUUUGUUAUAACCAUGAUCGUGGUAGAAAUAAAUUUAAGGUGGCAACCUGUUGCCAGGGAUACCUGUCAAGUAUCAUCUGAUGGACUUGGGUUGCUCAUGGUAGGAUUUGAUGUACCGUUUUUGCAUGCUUGCAUGUACCUUGUUACUUGAUGCUCGACAGUCCAGUCUAGUGCUGGUGACUGCGAGGCCAACCACUAGGAUGGGACGCUCUGUUUCCUGGCAGCAAAAUGGACUUCUCAGUCACCGGGCUGCAGGCAACUCUGUCACCGGCCUUCGCUCACCAAAGGGAGUGAAUGGCCAGUCGUGGUGCUGCCUGUGAGUACAGGAUAUGAGGCCCGUUGGAGGAUGACAAAAGGAAUGGAUGAGGUCAUACUGCUGCUGGGUUGGGCGGGAAGCCGAAGCUGGAGAGGCUUGACCUAAAGGCAACAGCCACUGCAUUGUACUAUCACAGCCGAUGCCUCCAUGCCAGCCCAGUAGAAGAAGAAAGGUGCCACUUUGGCAUGAAGACAGACUCGCUUAGUCGUCAGUCAUUUAAGCUGAGUGCAUUGUGAUUUCCAAUAAUUGAGGCAGUGGUUCUAAAAGCUGUCUACAUUAAUGAAAAGAGCAAUGUGGCCAGCUUGACUAAGCCGCCAGCGUGUGCAGCGCGGGCAGGACGGCACCGGGUCUCGACGGACUUGUGCAUGUUAGCUGUAUAGAUUUAUGUAAGGUUUUUAAAAACUGGUCUUUUAAAAUAGUAUAAACCACUUUUACUAUGGAGACAUAUGAGAGUCCCUCUCCUCUCCCGCGUGAGCCCGCAGGAGAAGCGGUGAUGGAGAAACGUGCUUGCCCCCUCCAAGUGCUGCCCCGUGAACAGUCUCCACCACCUCCCCUGCAAACGUCCAGUGAUGCAGAGGUAAUGGACGUUGGCUCUGGUGGUGAUGGACAGGCCGAACCCCCUGCUGAGGACCCACUCAACUUCUACGGAGCUUCUCUUCUCUCCAAAGGAUCCUUCUCUAAAGCCCGCCUCCUCAUAGACCCGAACUGUAGUGGCUACAGCCCGCGCACCGCCCGGCACGCACCUGCGGUCCGGAAGUUCUCCCCUGACCUUAAGUUGCUUAAGGAUGUAAAGAUUAGUGUGAGCUUUACCGAGAGCUGCAGGAGUAAGGACAGGAAGGUGCUGUACACAGGAGUGGAGCGCGACGCUCGCACGGAGUGUGGUGUGGCCCUUAGCCCUGUCAGUGGAGACAUGCAUGCUUGUCCCUUUGGCGGGAGUGUUGGUAAUGGGGUAGGCAUAGGGGGUGAGAGUGCUGAUAAAAAGGAUGAGGAGAAUGAGCUGGAUCAGGAAAAGAGAGUGGAGUAUGCAGUGCUCGAUGAGUUAGAAGAUUUUACUGACAAUUUGGAGCUAGAUGAAGAAGGAGCAGGCGGGUUCACGGCUAAAGCAAUCGUGCAAAGAGACAGAGUGGAUGAAGAGGCCUUGAAUUUCUCCUACGAGGAUGAUUUUGACAACGAUGUUGAUGCUCUGUUGGAAGAGGGCCUUUGUGCUCCCAAAAAGAGGAGAGUGGAGGAGAAAUAUGGAGGAGACAGUGACCAUCCGUCUGAUGGAGAGACAAGUGUGCAGCCAAUGAUGACCAAGAUUAAAACAGUACUCAAAAGUCGUGGCCGCCCACCUACAGAACCAUUGCCUGAUGGGUGGAUCAUGACAUUCCAUAACUCUGGAGUCCCGGUGUACCUACACAGAGAGUCUCGGGUGGUUACCUGGUCCAGGCCGUACUUCUUGGGAACGGGAAGCAUAAGGAAACAUGACCCUCCUCUGAGUAGCAUACCCUGUCUGCAUUACAAGAAAAUGAAGGACAAUGAGGAAAGGGAACAAAACAGUGAGCUUGCCCCAAGUGGGGAGGUAUCCCCUGUCAAGCCCCUCAGCCGAUCUACAGAGCUGGAGUUUCCCCUGGAAGAGCCCGAUUCCAUGGGGGCUGACUCGGGGCCCACAGAUGAGAAGGACCCGUUGGGGGCUGAGGCUGCCCCUGGGGCUCUGGGGCAGGUGAAGGCCAAAGUUGAGGUGUGCAAAGACGAAUCAGUUGAUCUUGAGGAAUUUCGGAACUACCUGGAGAAGCGUUUUGACUUUGAGCAAGUUACUGUGAAGAAAUUCAGGACUUGGGCUGAGCGACGACAGUUUAACCGAGAAAUGAAACGGAAACAGGCCGAGUCUGAGCGGCCCAUCCUGCCAGCCAAUCAGAAGCUCAUCACUCUAUCUGUGCAAGAUGCACCCACGAAGAAAGAAUUUGUCAUUAACCCCAACGGGAAAUCUGAGGUCUGCAUCCUGCACGAGUACAUGCAGCGUGUCCUCAAGGUCCGUCCAGUUUAUAAUUUCUUUGAAUGUGAGAACCCAAGUGAGCCUUUUGGUGCCUCGGUGACCAUUGAUGGUGUGACCUAUGGAUCUGGAACUGCAAGCAGCAAAAAACUUGCGAAGAAUAAAGCUGCCCGAGCUACGCUGGAAAUCCUCAUCCCUGACUUUGUUAAACAGACUUCUGAGGAGAAGCCCAAAGACAGUGAAGAACUUGAGUAUUUUAACCACAUCAGUAUCGAGGACUCACGGGUCUACGAGUUGACCAGCAAGGCCGGACUGUUGUCUCCCUAUCAGAUCCUCCACGAGUGCCUUAAAAGAAACCAUGGAAUGGGUGACACAUCCAUCAAGUUUGAAGUGGUUCCUGGUAAAAACCAGAAGAGUGAAUAUGUCAUGGCGUGCGGCAAGCAUACAGUGCGCGGCUGGUGUAAAAAUAAGAGAGUCGGGAAGCAGUUAGCCUCUCAGAAAAUACUUCAGCUGCUGCACCCACAUGUCAAGAACUGGGGGUCAUUACUGCGCAUGUAUGGCCGUGAAAGCAGCAAGAUGGUCAAACAGGAGACCUCAGACAAGAGCGUGAUUGAGCUGCAGCAGUAUGCCAAGAAGAACAAACCGAACCUACAUAUCCUGAGUAAGCUGCAGGAGGAAAUGAAGAGGCUGGCCGAGGAGAGGGAAGAGACACGGAAGAAGCCCAAGAUGUCUAUUGUGGCAUCUGCCCAGCCUGGUGGCGAGCCCCUGUGCACUGUGGACGUUUGAGGAGGUGGUGGACCGGGCAUGGGGGCUGCCAGUUCUGCUGCUGGGGAGAUCACGCGCCGCUCACUCUGCAGCCUCUUGCCUCCAUUCUAAGUUCCUCCCCUGUAGCCAUAUGUCUGAGGGGUGGGGCUCCAGUGUGUGGGACAGCCAGGGCCACAUACUGUACUGUACUGUACCGUUUCCUUGGGUCAUCCACAGAUCUGAGUGGACAUGUUCAAGCAUUAACAGCCUGCCCGCACAUGUGGAAGCUGAGCUUGGAGAUGACUUCUGCUCGUAUGGAUUUGCUGCGGACGAUUUUAUGAAGGUUUUCAUGAAUUUUAGUAUGUAACAUGCACUGACAAGAAAUAAUAGUUGGAUGACAGAUGAAAUGAGAAAGUGAUGGCUGAGUCCUAUGGCGCCCUGUGCCCAGGGCUCCUGCGUGCCACUGCAGGGACCUGGUCAGAAGGCACAUGCUGGCACCCCUUCCCCUUUCCUGCCUCCUGUGUUUUCCCAGAAAAUGUUAUAACAAGAACUAGUAUUUCAUACCUUUUUGGUUUAAAGUGACAUUUCAGCACCAGAACUAUUUUUCAGAGAUUACAGACAAAUCAUCAAAGCGAUUAUUCUUCAGCCAGUGUAAGUCUCUGCUUGGCUUGUAGUCCAAGCCCUGAGCUGGGGUGUGGUCCACAUAUCUGAGUCUUUUAAAAUUUUUUUUUUCCUAAAUACUGAUUUUAGAGAGAGAGA